AUGGGGCCGCGCGCGCGCGCGCUCGCGCUCGCGAUCGCCGCGUGGACGCUCGCGGGCGCGCGCGCGGACGCGGACGCGUGCGCGGCGGCGCGACGGACGUGCGAACGAACGGUGGAGCGCGCGAUGGGGGACGAUGGGGCGUUGAUGCGAUUCGUCGACGACGCGCGGACGCGGGCGCGAACGGCGACGAGGGGGGCGGCGGAAGCGCACGCGUUGACGCUCGACGCCGCGCGCGAGAGAGAGAGGUCGGCGGAGAUGUUCGCGCUCGGGUGCUGCGCGAUGGACGGGGGAUGCGUCGAGGACGUCGGGACGGAGGCGGAGAAGGCGGCGGUGCGCGCGGUCGGGGCGGACGCGCUGUUCGCGGCGCAGGCGAUUGAAGAUGCGGUGAAAUUUCCGUGGGCGGGAACGCUCGGGGCGGACGCGAGGGCGUGCGCGCGAGGACGAGGGUGCGACGCGGAGAGCGCGGCGGCGUAUGAAAAAUCUGGAAACGCGGGCGACGAGCUCGGGAAAUUGCGAGCGGGCGACGCGGCGUUGAGGCGAUACGCCGCGGGACUGGCGACUAGAAUAGGCGGUGAGGGGGCGGUGGAGGUGUGCGAUGCGAGUCUUGGGGGCGAUGCGGGCGACGCGGCGCGGGCCAGGACGCUGUACAAGGAAUUGUUGACGUCCAACGCGUUCGACAAGGUUGCGUCGGAGAGACUGCGCGAGGUCACGCGCUUAGAAGAGCUGUGGAUCGAUCCAUCAAAAGGAGGUAAGCCGGAUAUGGCGUACGCCAUGGCGGAUGCGUUGGUGAAAUUGACGGUUCGCGUCUCGGUGGCGCUCGCCGUGCUCGCCGUGUCGUACGUCUAUCGCGACAGUCGUUGGAUGGGUGGAUUGUGGCGUUUGGUGCGAACGGUGCUCUUGUUCGGCAUCGUGAUAGAUACCAUCGCUCGCGUCCGCGCGUUCAUCAAGUGGUUACGUUGGAAACCACCGGUGACUAAUACGCGCGCGGCGAGACGCGAAGAGAAGCGUCGCGAGCGACGCAAGAGCGGACAUCACGCGUGA